CGGAUCAGGAUGAGAUGAUCAGAAUGACCAGUUCAGCUUUCGCAUUCAAUUAGUUUGUUGUUUGUUUGGAAAAUGGCUUCGAAGGUUAAGCUGAAUGAUGAGCAUGGCCGCUCCGAUUCGUAUCGCGUGGCCACUAUUCCGUCCAAUUACGAUGACAACAAAACUGCCGAUGGUAGAGCAAAGUCACGAAGGAAGGUGAAGAAGGCAAGAAAAGCAGAUGAUUUAGACGAAUUAAAACAGGAAUUGGACAUCGACUACCAUAAAAUCUCACUUGAAGAAUUAUAUCAAAGGUUCCAAACACAUCCAGAAAAUGGCCUUAGUCAUGCGAAAGCGAAAGAAAACUUGGAGAGGGACGGACCCAAUGCACUCACACCCCCCAAAACAACGCCCGAAUGGGUGAAGUUUUGUAAAAAUCUCUUCGGGGGUUUUGCCCUGUUACUGUGGAUUGGUGCAAUCCUCUGCUUUAUAGCCUAUUCCAUCCAGGCUAGUACUGUAGAAGAACCCGCCGAUGAUAAUCUUUAUCUUGGCAUCGUAUUAGCUGCUGUUGUUAUCAUUACAGGUAUAUUUUCUUAUUAUCAAGAAAGUAAGAGUUCUAAGAUUAUGGAAUCGUUUAAAAAUAUGGUUCCGCAAUUUGCCACCGUACUUAGGGAAGGUGAAAAGUUGACUCUUCGUGCGGAAGACUUGGUAUUGGGCGAUGUUGUGGAAGUGAAAUUUGGGGAUAGGAUUCCUGCCGAUAUUAGAAUUAUCGAAUCCAGAGGUUUCAAAGUCGAUAAUUCAUCUCUGACAGGAGAAUCAGAACCUCAGAGCCGUAGCCCUGAAUUUACCCACGAAAAUCCUUUAGAAACAAAGAAUUUAGCGUUUUUCUCGACCAACGCUGUUGAGGGCACUGCCAAAGGUGUAGUAAUCAGUUGUGGUGACAAUACUGUGAUGGGUCGUAUUGCUGGACUUGCCUCCGGUCUAGACACUGGCGAGACACCCAUCGCCAAAGAAAUUCAUCAUUUUAUUCAUCUCAUCACCGGUGUAGCUGUAUUCUUAGGAGUCACAUUCUUUAUAAUUGCAUUCAUCCUUGGUUAUCAUUGGUUAGACGCUGUUAUUUUCUUGAUUGGUAUCAUCGUAGCUAACGUACCCGAAGGUUUACUAGCUACCGUUACUGUAUGUCUUACUCUUACGGCUAAAAGAAUGGCGUCCAAGAAUUGCUUGGUUAAGAAUUUAGAAGCUGUGGAAACUUUAGGCUCUACUAGCACGAUUUGCUCAGAUAAGACUGGAACACUAACUCAAAAUAGAAUGACCGUAGCUCACAUGUGGUUUGACAACCAAAUCAUUGAGGCCGAUACCACCGAGGAUCAGUCGGGCGUACAAUAUGACAGGACAAGUCCAGGGUUUAAAGCACUUUCACGAAUUGCUACUCUCUGUAACAGAGCAGAAUUCAAACCUGGCCAAGAUGGUGUUGCUAUACUAAAGAGAGAAGUCAACGGAGACGCUUCCGAAGCCGCCCUUCUAAAAUGUAUGGAAUUAGCUCUUGGUGAUGUCAUGUCUAUUAGAGCUAAAAAUAAGAAAGUCUGCGAAGUACCAUUCAAUUCAACUAAUAAAUACCAAGUGUCCGUACACGAAAACGAAGAUCCCAACGAUCCACGUUAUAUCUUGGUAAUGAAGGGUGCCCCAGAACGUAUCUUGGAGAGAUGCAGUACGAUCUUCAUCUGCGGAAAGGAAAAAGUUUUGGACGAAGAAAUGAAGGAGGCGUUCAACAACGCUUAUCUAGAACUGGGUGGUCUUGGUGAACGUGUGCUUGGAUUUUGCGAUUUCAUGCUGCCUUCCGACAAAUACCCCAUUGGCUAUAAAUUCAACAGCGACGAUCCUAAUUUCCCUCUCGAAGGCCUCCGUUUCGUGGGACUUAUGUCUAUGAUUGACCCUCCACGUGCUGCAGUGCCGGACGCAGUUGCGAAAUGCCGAAGUGCUGGUAUUAAAGUUAUUAUGGUUACUGGUGAUCAUCCUAUUACGGCUAAGGCAAUCGCUAAAUCUGUGGGUAUAAUCUCAGAAGGAAAUGAAACUGUCGAGGAUAUAGCACAAAGAUUGAAUAUCCCCGUUUCCGAAGUUAACCCAAGAGAAGCCAAAGCUGCAGUUAUCCACGGUUCUGAUUUGAGGGACUUAUCAUCGGAUCAACUAGACGAAAUCUUAAGAUACCACACGGAAAUUGUGUUUGCCAGAACUUCCCCACAACAGAAACUUAUCAUUGUGGAAGGCUGUCAACGUAUGGGCGCUAUUGUGGCUGUAACAGGUGAUGGUGUAAACGACUCUCCCGCGCUAAAGAAAGCCGACAUUGGCGUAGCUAUGGGUAUCGCCGGUUCGGACGUGUCAAAACAGGCGGCCGAUAUGAUCCUGCUCGAUGACAACUUCGCAUCAAUCGUCACUGGUGUAGAGGAGGGACGACUGAUUUUUGAUAAUCUGAAAAAAUCCAUCGCCUAUACUUUGACUUCCAACAUUCCCGAAAUUUCCCCCUUCCUUGCAUUCAUCCUUUGCGACGUUCCUCUUCCACUUGGAACUGUUACAAUUCUCUGCAUCGAUCUUGGAACUGAUAUGGUGCCUGCUAUUUCUUUGGCUUAUGAAGAAGCUGAGUCUGACAUUAUGAAGAGACCUCCGAGAAACCCACAAACUGAUAAACUUGUCAAUGAUAGAUUAAUAUCCAUGGCGUAUGGUCAAAUUGGUAUGAUUCAAGCCGCAGCUGGUUUCUUUGUGUACUUUGUGAUUAUGGCUGAAAAUGGAUUCCUCCCAAUGAGUUUGUUCGGAAUUCGCAAGCAGUGGGAUUCGAAAGCUGUCAACGACCUUACAGAUUCGUAUGGUCAGGAGUGGACCUACCGUGACAGAAAAACAUUGGAGUACACCUGCCACACUGCAUUCUUUGUGUCAAUCGUGGUAGUGCAGUGGGCUGAUUUGAUUAUUUGCAAGACCCGUCGAAAUUCUAUCCUUCACCAGGGAAUGAGAAAUUGGGCUCUAAACUUUGGUCUUAUCUUCGAGACUGCUUUAGCUGCAUUCUUGUCCUACACACCUGGUAUGGAUAAGGGCUUACGUAUGUUCCCUCUCAAAUUUGUGUGGUGGUUACCAGCCAUUCCAUUCAUGUUGUCUAUCUUUAUUUAUGAUGAAGUGAGGAGAUUCUAUUUGCGACGCUGUCCAGGAGGCUGGCUGGAACAGGAGACCUACUAUUAAAAACAUCAAAUUCAGUGUACUGCCACCAAGUGGCCACUGUGCGGCGUCUCGACCGCAGGUCACAUAGUUACUUCGAUAGGAGGGAUCUCGUAUAAAUUAAAAUACAUAUAUCAAUUUAGAAGACUCCAAGAAUCUUCUCUAAUAUUUGCCAUUCAGAAAUUAUGACGAUGUUUUUUCCUAUCGAUUGUUGUACAAAAUACUGUUGCUGAUUCUAGUAAACUUGCUGCUUAAGCAGUUUGAUAAGUUUCAAUUAUUAUGUAAAAGAGUGAUUUCUUAUAUAGGUGAUGUCUACUUGAUCCGAAUCACUCUACUACACAUAUUAGCUAUUUAUUAAUAUAAUGAAUUUCAGUUAAAAAAAAAUAAAUGAACAAAAGAAACAAUAAUAGCUCCUGGACAGUUAUCGUGAAUAAAAAUAUUCAACACCUGCUACAACCAACAACAAUAAAACACACUGUCAAAUAAGUACCCAGGUUAGUCGCAAUAGCGUUUUCAUACAUUCCAGUUGAAAACUUCAGUUGCCUUAGUGCUGUUGGACACGGUGAUGUUCAGUCUGGUCUCGGGCAGGGGUGGUGGCCGAGCUAGUUGCCUGUUGAAGGCCUCCACCCAUGCUCCACGUACGUAGAAUCAAUGUGGACGGAUGAUUUAGUAUUAUUUAUAGGCUUUCAACACUUAGGUUAGCUAGGUAGUAACUGUGUUGUUAUAUCGUAUUAAGUGUCAACCAGUCGUGCUCAAUACACACCAUGACUGCUACUAUCACGAUUGUAAACGUUUGACAUUUCAUUCAUUUGUUUGUAUAUACUUUGCCGUUUCAGCAGGCCAUUUGACGGUUGCCGAGGCUUCUGUCAUUAGGGCUGAUCAUUAUGAUAAACACACCACAUAAAAGGUCUGCUUUUGUAGAGUCCUACUUUCUCAUAACAGGUUGCGCUCUGGUCUGUGACCAGUGGACCUCGAUAUUGUUAUCUUAUUGUAAAUAUUUUUAAGUGAAUCACUUAAUUCAUUUGGCUUGUGUUCUUUUCACAUUUAUGUUUUAGUACGUAAUAAAGCUGUAUAAAUUUGGGUUUUAAUAAAAUGGAUGAUAGUACUA